AUGGACCCGGAAUCAUACGAGAGGAAUCUCGUAGCAUACGUGAAUAGAUCAAUUGAUGAAGAGGAAGAAUUUCACUUUUUGCGAUUCGAAUUCCUGCAGCGGCUCAACAUCACCCAGUUAGAGGUGAAACUAGCCAGGUUGAAGAGCCAGGUUCAUGCCCAUGGCCAAAUCAACAGCCAAGAGCAGGAAAUCCUCCAAAGAACGCUACGGGACUAUGCUACCACCAUCAGAGACUAUCGCUUUAUUCAGGGACACAAGAGCCUCAAAGAGACAGAGGCGAGAGACAGAAAGCUUCUUCUUAAGAGAUUCUUUCAGUCAGCCGAGGAUGUCAACGAUCCAUUUUCCUCACACUAUGCCUUCUUCCAGGACGCAGAAACCAAGAUCGACCCAAUGCGUGAUGCAUUCAUGAGGCAUCUUCCCUCGCGACUAACGUUCUCCAAGGAGGAACGCCGCCAGAGAUCCAAGGAGUACCACGACGGAAAACUACCUAAGGACUUUUCACAGCUGGUCGACCGAUCUGUGCGCUUCACUGUUGCUGUCACGGGGGGGCUGUUCCUUGUCGUGCCCAUGAUUAUCAUGACCCUUCAGCCGUCUGAUGCCAAGAGCUUGAUUACAGUAUCCGCCUUUGUUCUCCUCUUUGCUUUAGGUCUUUCUUUCGUCGUCAAGGUCUCCAGCAUUGAGACGCUGGUUUGCACUGCUACUUACGCCGCAGUGUUGGUUGUGUUUGUGGGUUCAAGUACGGGCAGCUCGGGAUGA